UUGACGACGGUACUGACAUCAGCAAUCUCGCUAGUAGUUUCCGAGGUCUGUGUUUGGAGUAAGGGGAAAUAAAAACAAAAUAGUUGGACUAUCUCUGCGUAGGAUAUUAUAAAAUGCCCAGCAAGAAGAAGAAAUACAAUGCCAGAUUUCCUCCGGCCAGAAUUAAGAAGAUAAUGCAAACGGAUGAGGAAAUAGGCAAAGUUGCUGCUGCAGUUCCGGUUAUAAUCUCUCGGGCUCUGGAACUCUUCCUGGAGUCACUCUUGACAAAAGCAUGUCACGUCACUCAGUCUCGGAACGCCAAGACCAUGACCACGUCACACUUGAAGCAGUGCAUCGAGCUGGAGCAGCAGUUCGACUUCCUGAAAGACCUGGUGGCGGCCGUGCCAGACAUGCAGGGCGAAGGGGAGGACAACCACACGGAAGGAGCCGGGGAGAAGGUCCCGCGCAGAGGUCGCAAACCAGGAUCGGGUCGCAAGAACGGAGGUGCAGGCGCCAAGGGCAAAGAUAAGAAGCUGUCAGGCACAGAAUCGGAGCAGGAGGAGGACUCGGAAGACAGCGAGACAGACGGCGAUGAGGAGGACGGCUCCCAGUCGAGCACCAAUCAGCAGUCAGCGUCACACUUCCACAGUCACAACAUGCCCCCACAGCACAUGCACAUGGGCCCAUUACCGGGGGGCGUGGCUCCCAUGCAGCCGGCCUCCUUCGCUCCCCACCCCUCGCUGAUGACCGCAGGGCCCCCGCCGGCCCCCGUGCCCCACCCAGGCCAGGAAGACGACGACGAGGACUACGACUCUUAGCUCCCCCCGUCCCUCCUCUCCUCUCCUCUUUCUCCCCCUCCUCCUCCUCCUCCUCCUCUGCUCUUUUACCGAUUAUUUUACUCUUUAUGUUCUUCUCUCGUUUGACUGCCUGCUUUCGUGCUCUCGUAGAGGGUGGAUACAGGGCGUCUUUGCUGGGGUGGGGAGGGAGGGAUGGAUGGAGGGAGGGAGGAAGGGUCGAUGACAGGAAGUCAUAACUCGUAAUGUAAGGAAAUGUCCCCCCACCAACUUGUCUGAGUCCCUCUACUGCACAGGAGCGAUUUCUUGAUAGUGUAAAAGAUAAGCAGCAGUCACCAUGUGAAGACUCAAGACGUGGUUGUAUAUUAGAUAAUGUGUUUGUUUUUUUGUGUUCUCUUUUUUUUUUUUUUUUUUCAUUUUUUGUUUUAUUUUUGUUUUUUUGUUCCUCUUUUGUUUUUAAUUCUUAUUUUAUUGUGAAGCAGGAAGACAGGAAGGAGACAACAAAAAAAAAUACAUAUAGAAUCCAGAGACUGCUUCUAACGUUCUAAUGACAUAAAUGUCGUCACGGAAGGCAAAGGUCCUGGAUUAGUUUAGGAGAUCUCCUUUUUAGUUUGCACUUCGUAUGUCUCCUUUAGUUUCCAUCAAUCACAAUCACACUUGCACAGUUACAGAACAUCCAAACAAAUACAGAAGGAAAGGAACUAUACAUAUCACUACUCAUUCCCCACAGUUUGUUUCAGAGCCACAACUGCUCUGUUUAGCAUUUCAGAAAAAUAAGUCGAUGACUGACUGGCUGGCUAAAAUCAUCACACUCAAAAAAAGAAUUGACUAAAUUCAUUCUCCAACACCUUUUCACGCUAGUCGUAUUCUUAUAAAUUGGUCCUUUUUUAAUUAUUAUGAAAUCCCCCCCCCCCCCACCACCACCACCCAUCAACAAUAUCUCAAAUCUCAAAGUAUGUGUUCGCUGAGGCAACGUGAGGUGCAAACUUUUUAAAAGCUCAUUUUUGGGACUUCAUCUCACUCGCCUCAGUCAUAUUACUCCAAAGGGGUUUUUACCGUCGUCAUUAUUUUUUUCCGUUGUUGUUCAUUUUUCUCGUGUCGCGACACUGCCACUGCCGCUGGCUUUCGUCAAUUUCAGAAGAACGGAGCAGGCACUCGUAUGUGAACAUGUCCAGAUGUGGCCCCAAUCCGGCCCAGCUCUGGCCUGGUUUCAGACUUAGCUGCUAUCCCAGGUCAUUUACGACACUUAAAGUCUUCUAAUGUACCUCAUCAUAAAGACGUUCAGAUAUUUACAUGACAUUUGUUCUCGCCACCCCCCCCCCCCCCCAUUCUUUUAGAUUGUUUUAAUCUGCUCAGCAAGAUCCCUCUCCUUCAAUUGUAUUUCUGCUUCCCCCCCCUCCCUCAAAAUGUUCGAUUUGAAGUUGUAUGUAAACUUUUAACAUUCUUUUUAUUUUGUAUGGGUGAAAUAAAUUUGAAAUUUCAAUAUA